GGCGGGCGGCACGGCCGGGCCGCGAUGGCCGAGGGGCCGCCGCGCGCCUUCCUGCAGAGCCUGCGCACGCUCUUCGACAUCCUGGACGACCGGCGGCGCGGCUGCGUGCACCUGCGCGAGAUCGAGUCCCGCUGGCGCGGCGCCGACGCGCGCGAGCUGCCCCGCGGCGUGCUCGAGGGCCUGCGCCAGGUGGCCCCGGCCAGCGGCUACCUGACCUUCGAGCGCUUCGUGGCCGGCCUGCGCACCUCGCUGCUGAGCGCCGACGGCGGCCCGCGGGCCCCGGCACAGGCCCCGGCUCGGCCCGGGGACCCGCCGCCGCCGCCGCCGCGCCUGGUGUUCGCGCCGGCCGACGAGCCGCGCACCGUCCUGGAGAGGAAGCCCCUGCCCCUGGGCGCGCGCCCCCCGCCGGCCGGCCCCGGCGGCGCGGCCCGGAGCCCGGAGCGGUCGUGCGGCCCGGCCGAGGCGACGCUGGAGCGGGGCCCGAACACCGACGCUGGUGAGUGCGCGGCGGCCCCGGCCCCGCCUCGCAGCCUCCCCGAGGUGGCUGCGGCCCGUGCGUCUCGCUCGAAGGACGCGGGUGCAGUGGCCUGCAGGGCCCCAGAGGUAGGUGCGGGGGAUGCCCGGCAGGCCCCCCGAGCCCGAGGGGAACGUCGGAGGCACACCAUCACCAACGGCGUGGACUGUGGCCUGCUGAAGCAGAUGAAGGAGCUGGAGCAGGAGAAGGAGGUGCUGCUGCAGGGUCUCGACAUGAUGGCCCGGGGCCGCGACUGGUACCAGCAGCAGCUGCAGCGCGUGCAGGAGCGUCAGCGCAGCCUGAGCCAGAGCAGAGCCAGCAUCGACUUUGGGGCUGCAGGGAGCCCCCGCUCUCUAGGGCACCUGUUGCCCAAGGUACAGGAGGUGGCCCGAUGCCUGGGGGAGCUGCUAACUGCAGCCUGCGCUGGCAGGGCUCCGCCCUCCUCCUCCUUGGGGCCCCUGUGCCCUGCCUUGGCCCCUGCCUCGCCCUCAGCCCCCGGCUGGCAGCAGCAGACUGUCUUCAUGCUCAAAGAGCAGAACCGCCUUCUCACCCAGGAGGUGACCAACAAGAGCGAGCGCAUCACCCAGCUGGAGCAGGAGAAGUCGGCCCUCAUCAAGCAGCUGUUUGAGGCCCGAGCUCUGAGCCAGCAGGACGCUGGGCCUCUGGACUCCACCUUCAUCUAGCCGGAUGUGUGCACAGAGGGGCCCCUCGGGCCUGGCCGGCCCUCAGCCCUGGGCGGGCACCUGCCUGAGCCCAGCCUCUCUGGCCGAAGACCACCCCGCUGGCCUGGACUCGGUCUUUGAGUGGGUGCCCUCCCUCCUCCCAGGAAACUGUGCUACCCCGAGGCCUGGCCCAGGCUGGCCCGUGCCCCAGACACUGACUUCUGGCCUCGGGUGCUGACUGGGGGCCAAGCUCCGUCGCGCGGCCACGGCUUGAAGCUGCUACUGUCCCUAUCAGUGGACGGACUGGGACCCCUCCUCGUGUUUACCAGGUCUCGGGCGCCCCGCCCCCACGUUUUCAGCUGUCCAGUCUGCUCGCUCCUCCCUGAGCCCC